AUGACUAACGUUGAAGAGCUGAUUCUGCAGGUGAAUGCAAGCAAGUGUGUGGCCAUCCAGAUAACCAACAACACCAGAGACGUGACCCUCGAGAACCCCAGGACUUACUGUUUCAGCGGCCAUUCUGCGAUAGACCCUGUGUCCAACAUUCCCCCCGGCUCUUCGGGGAGCAGCGUGUUUGUGAAAACAAGCGAUGCGGCCCGCGGGAGCGUUGGGGUGCUGAGCUACGAGUCCGACACUUUCACCCUGGCCAUCAUGUUCUCCGUCCCCUACGACCGCUUGCAAUACUACAAUGAGUUUGCCAUCGAGCUCUUUGCUGGCAGGAAGCACUUCGACAGCAUGGAGCGCCUCUACCACUAUAUGUACAAUGACGGCCCUCCCUAUCCGUGUGACUCCUACAGGAAAGUGCAGGUAAAGGACCCAUAUGGCCAGCUGGAGGUGACCAACCAGGAGAUCCAGGUGACGGCCACCAUGUCCAAACAGAAUAAGUCCAUCAUUGAAGUGCAGAUCAAGGAAAUAGAUGUGACAGAGAAGGUGGCUGCUGGUGGGAAAUAG